UAUUAUUAUAUUUUAUAAUAAAUUAUUUUUUUUUGAAACGUGCUUUCAUCUUUUUUGUAAUAGACUGUAAACAUCAUUAUGCUGGAUAAUAUUAUCGAUUUUGCCAGUUACUGGUGGUUUCGUUACUUGAUGGUCACGGAGCUGUAUAUGGUGGAGAAAUGGGAACGUGUUACGAUACAUGUUAUAUUCUUGACGUUAUUCUGUAUUUUCUGGUACUUUAACUAUUCAGUGCUGCUUUCCUUCACCGGUAAUCUUUUUGGUUUCGUGCCAGAUGUAUUGCCAGGCGUUAAACAAGGACAAGGCAUAAAGGUCACAUAGUCAUCGGCAGUUGCAGAAUCAGCUUAAGUUACAAUCCAAUUAUGUUCAUAUUCUUUAUACGCUAACAGCACUCAUCACAAACCUUAAUCAUGAUGGCAAUGAAUUCUGUCUAAGGUAUGGAAAGGGGUUCCAUAAUAUUAAUCACUAUCCUAGAAGAAUUGAUUACAUCAACUUAUCGACUUUAGCUCAACACACCUAUAGUAUUUUUCUAGUUAGCAUUAGUUGAAAGUUUUUGCGUUUGGGUUAACCUGUAAAAAUAAAUACACAAUUCAAAUAA